CUAACGAACGUAGGUAGUGGUGCAUUUGCCUAUUUCGUCAACGAAGCAGCCAAAAUGGCGCCUACCAUCGUGGUUCGAAUGCAUCCUGUGAUUUUAUUUAGUAUUGUAGAUUCUCACGAAAGAAGAAAUGCCGAAGCACAAAGAGUAAUAGGAACUUUAUUAGGAAUACAUGAAAAAGGAGCUGUUGAAAUUACUAAUUGUUUUUGUGUACCUCACAAUGAAUCAAGGGAUGAGGUAGCAGUUGAUAUGGACUUUGCAAGAGAUGGUUAUGAAUUACACAAAAAAGUAAAUCCUUCAGAAGUAAUUGUUGGAUGGGUAGCAGUUGAUAUGGACUUUGCAAGAGAUGGUUAUGAAUUACACAAAAAAGUAAAUCCUUCAGAAACAGCAUUGAAAUUAGUGCAACAGACGAAAUUCAGUAAGCAACGCACUGUGGAAUUUAGUCCUGAUCUGAAUCAGAUUGUAGAGUCUGUAAAAAAAAUGAGAGAAUUGUUAGAAAUUGUAAUUGCAUAUGUUGAUGAUGUUUUGGCUGGAAGAACUGUGGCAGAUAAUACUAUUGGCAGAGCACUUAUGGAUAUGGUACAGAGCAUACCUCAGAUGGAUCCUGAAGAUUUCCAAGAAAUGCUGAAUUCAAAUAUGAAGGAUUUACUUAUGGUUGUAUAUUUGUCUCAGUUAACAAGAACUCAGUUAUCACUGCAUGAAAAAUUGAGUCAACUUUAAUGUACUUUAAAUUUUUGAAUAAAUGGAAAAAACAUUUUCUUCA